GGCUGUGAAAUUAAUCCACGAUGUCAGAGGUUUAUGUCCAGAAAGGAGACAGAGGGGUCCUGUAACUUUAUUCGAAUAAAGGGAGAGGCCAUGAGGCAUUUCCCGUCAGGUCUCUCAAAUGGUUGGAGGAUGCAGCCUCCCUUUUAUCUUAAAAUCCCUGCUGCAUCACCCUCUUCCUUUUUCCCACGGCUGAGGUAAUCAGAACGUACAGACUUACCGAAUCGCCUGCUCUAUGCACCCCUCCUCCGCCUUUCAUUUUAUAAAAGAAAGAAAAACCUACUCAUUAUUUGACUAAGUCUUUGUUCUCAUGCUUUAGGUUCAGGAAUUUAACAGGGCCUUGGCUGAGCAACAGUCUGUGUUGAUCAGUAACAUUCUCUAGAGCUAAUAGCUUCUUUUGUUACUUCCCUAUCUCUGAGUUCAUGGUCCUAUCCCCAAGCAGAUUCACACAGUCUGUUUGUAAAGGCACAUUCAUCUUCUUUCUUUCAAUCCCUCCUCUUUUAUUUUCUUAGUAAUUGGCUUUACAAAUCUUUAUUACCAUUGAUUUAAUCUUUUCUUCCUGGGUCUUCUUUGACCCAGUGACAUAAUUCUCUGUCCUUUAGUUGUUUAAUUUUCCACAGACUCCUCCUCUUUAUGCUAAUAGACAGUAUAAUACCAUCUGAUGUUGAAAUGUUCCAUUUCUCAUCUGACUGGAUUUCAUUCCAUCUGCCUCAAUAUUUGCAACAAUCAUGAGGAGGGCAGUUGGGGGUCCAGCAUUCUAAACCCAAAGGAUUUCUCAUUCUCAAAGCUUGGCCAGAUGGAGAAGGAGGCUGCGAGGAAGAUGCCCUGGGACACCCUGGCAGACAAGGAGCAGAGGAUGGAGACCAGGGAGGACAAAUCCCUGCAGCAGGACCUUGUGGAAGAGGCCAUUUUGAGCAACUCCAUAGCACAGGAUUCCAACAGGAAGGAAAAGCCCCAAAGAUCCCACAUGAGGAGGGGCUCCAAACCCAGCCCAGGGUUCUUUGAGGAGGAAAGAUCUACCCUGUGCCAGGAAGGUGGACAGAGCUUCAGCCAGAGCUCAGACUUGGUGGUCCCUGAGCACUAUCAAAGCAGGGAGAAGUCGUACAAGUGUGGGGAAUGUGGGAGGAGCUUCAGCCAUAGCUCCAACCUGAAGAAACACCAGAGGAUCCAUACUGGGGAGAGGCCCUACAAGUGUAGGGAAUGUGGGAAGAGCUUCAGCCGUAGCAACAACCUGGCCCGUCACGAGAAUAUCCAUGAUAAUGAAAGGCUUUGCAAGCGCUCUGAAUGUGGGAAGAGCUUCAGAGAGGUAUCCAAACUAAACCAGCACAAGAUAAAUUGCUCUGGGGAACAGCCCUAUGUGUGUGAGGAAUGUGGGAAGAACUUCAGCCGGAGAUCCAACCUGGUCCGUCACAAGAGGAUCCACUCUGGGGAGAGGCCCCUCAAAUGUCCCAAAUGUGGGAAGAGCUUCAGCCAGAGCACCCACUUGGAUGUCCACCAGUGCAUUGACACCAGGGAACAGCCCAACAAGUGUGGGAAAUGUGGGAAGAACUUCAGGAAGAUUCACAACCACCUGUGUGUGGUAACCAGGGUAUGUGACAGCUACAAGUGCUGGGAAUGUGAGAAGAGCUUCAACCAGAGGUCCCACCUAACAGUCCACAUGCGCACUCACACUGGGCAACAGCCCUACAGGUGUGAGGAAUGUGGGAAGAGCUUCAGCGAUCGCUCCAACCUGAACCACCACCGGAGGAUCCACACUGGGGUACGGCCCUACCUAUGUGAGCAAUGUGGGAAGAGCUUCUCCAGGGGGUCUCACUUGUCCCAGCACCAACAGAGGCACUGCUUUUAAGGCAUCAGUUUUUCUGGCAUCUCAGAUGGGACUGGACCCAGCAGCCUCCCUCUGGACCAGAAACAUCUUGCAAGGAACUCUUUCCUGCUGAAGACUUUUAAGAAUUUCCCUGCAGUGACCUGACAGGUGAGGAACCAUGAUCCCAGGUACCCCACAGAAGGUAACAUAAAGGCAGCUCUUUUUGUGGGGUAGUGUGAAAUUAUGUAUUUGUGUGUUUUCAGGAAAAUCAAGGCUCUUAGAAACAAAUUGUGACAUUUUACAGGAUCCCACCUGUUUCGUAAGGUUUGUUAGGCCACUUAUUCUGUCCCAGCAUGAUGUGGAGAGGGAAUUUGCUUUUGGGGUUGUUUCUCAAAAGUUUUUUUUUUUUUUCUCUUUCAUCACUUUUUCUAACUCUUCUACGGCCACGGUGAGUGAAGGCAGAGGCGGAAUCCAAAGGCUGAUGUCACUUUUGUAGCUGAAAGCUGAGACCUUUCUACCAACCUUUAAAAUAUGAAUUAGGAAAACACUUGGUGAUUCAUCAGUCACUCUCUUUGCCAAAUGCUUCUAAGAAGGAUCUAUUGGAAUUUUGCAAAGUGUGGAGAAUAACAGAUAGUUUAGGAUGGUUUACUGAAUUAAAUUUUUAAAAUACCUUCUGCAUCCCUGUGAAUAAGAAAGGCCAAGGACUGAGCGAAGGAAAGAAGGUAAAAAUAUGAAUUAAUUCUGAAUAUGCAUUUAAUGUUUUCGGGCAUCUGGAAAGAAAGAGGACUGACAACUGUUCAAGGCCAUGGAAUUGAACACACUGAACAGAUCCAUGCACUGCUACAGAGUAUUUAGAAGUCUAGAGAAGCAGCCUUUAUGCAUUGCAAGAUUCAUCAAAAUGGGGAAGCAACUCUUGAAUUAGAGAAUCUUUUUGUUGAUAAAAUAGUAAAAGAAGCAAGAAAAGGGAUCUUAACAGUGGUGCCACAGAAGGAAAUCAAUUUGUCAAGGUUUGCCCCAAAAUGUGAUCAACAGAACCAUCAGUUUUCUGGCAAAAAAGGUUGAAAUCAAGGAAAAGGAAUGGACUGUUACACCAGAGGGACAGACUGCAGUCUCACCUCAGUGAGAACAUAAAAAACACUUGCAGGGGAACAAGAAACCUUUUGAAACAUCUGAAGAAAGCACUAACAGAAAGGGAAAAAACUGAUAUUGUACAAUCUGUAACAAAUAUGAAAUCUUCUCUAGAACACACCCAGACAUGAGCAAAAGAGUUGUGUUAGAAAUCACAGAGGCAGGGAUUCUCUUGGACAUUUUUGGCAAAUAAAUUCUACUCAGUUACCACCCGAAAAAGAUACAGGUAUGUAUUAGGGUUAGGUGAUACCUUUAGUGGACAGUCUGAGGCUUACCCCUGUCACACCAACACAACAAAAGGAGGUGGUCGAUAUUUUACUAAAUCAUAUAAUUCCAGUGUUUGGGGUUCCUUUGGAGUUGGUCCCCUUGUGAUUGGAGAUGUUAGUCAAAUGUUGGGAAUUGUUUGGGAUCUAUAAAUUCCCUAUACACCCCAGAUAAAUGGUAAGACUGCAUGUGUGACUGGAACCCUCAAAGCACAGAUUAAUAAGAUUUGUUGGAAACAUCCAUGACAUGAAUUCAAGUCUUACCCAUAGCCUUGCUGAGAAUCCACAUACAACCAAAAUGUUGCAAUAAGGUAGAAAAAUUAUAAAAAAAGGCCUCAUAAAAUCAGGCCUGUUGUGUUAGAUCAGUGACCUUGUCAAGCUAGCACUUUGCAGUUCCCACGUGAAAGCAAUCCUGGUGUGAAGAGUUCGUUAGCAUAACAAUUUAUUCCUGGGUGAAAAACAACUAGCGUUUGCAUAAACAUUAAAUCUGUCCCAUGAGAACCAGUGAAGAAAAUAUGUAAACAAUUUAAUAGAGAGAUUUGAUGAACAAGUAAAAUAUCUCUUACUAACCAAUAAAGUAAUUGGCAAGAAAGCUACUAACCCAAUUGGAAUCACAUACGAGGUAUGUAAAACUGUAUAAAAAUUACUUACUUGAAUAAAGAAUAAGCUUUUUCACCAUGAAGAAAAUAAA